AUGGCCGCGUCCGCCCUGUCCGUCUGCUCCAGCGACCUGAGCUAUGGCAGCCGCGUCUGCCUGCCCGGGGCCUCGGACUCCUGCCCCGACUCCUCCUGGCAGGUGGACGACUGCCCAGAGAGCUGCUGCGAGCCCCCGUGCUGCGCCCCGGCCCCCUGCCUGACCCUCCUGUGCGGCCCCUCCUCCCCCUGCCAAGGAGACUGCUGCACCCCUGCGUGCUGCAAGCCCGUCUGCUGCACCCCUGUGUGCUGCAAGCCCGUGUGCUGCACCCCUGUCUGCUGUAAGCCCGUGUGCUGCACCCCUGUGUGCUGCAAGUCUGUCUGCUGCACCCCUGUCUGCUGUGAGGACUCCCCCUGCACAACCUCUUCAUGCUGCCAGCCGUCCUGCUGCACCUCCUCCCCCUGCCAGGGAGACUGCUGCACCCCUGUGUGCUGCAAGCCCGUGUGCUGCACCCCUGUCUGCUGCAAACCCGUCUGUUGCACCCCUGUCUGCUGCGAGGACUCCCCCUGCUCAACCUCUUCCUGCUGCCAGCCCAGCCCCUGCUGCAGACCCUCCUCCUGCGUGUCCCUGCUCUGCCGCCCCGUGUGCAGGCCCGCCUGCUGCACCCCUGUCUGCUGCAAGCCCGUCUGCUGCACCCCUGUGUGCUGCAAGCCCGUGUGCUGCACCCCUGUCUGCUGCGAGGACUCCCCCUGCUCAGCCCCCUCCUGCUGCCAGCCCAGCCCCUGCUGCAGACCCUCCUCCUGCAUGUCCCUGCUCUGCCGCCCCGCGUGCCCCCGCCCGGCCUGCUGCGCCCCUGCCUCCUCCUGCUGCCGCCCGGCCUCCUGCGUGUCCCUGCUCUGCCGCCCCGUGUGCCCCCGCCCUGCCUGCUGCGGCCCCGCCUCAGGCCAGUCCUGCUGCUGAUGGGCAUGUCCCCCCAGCGCCAGCUGGGCUCAGGUCCCACCUGGUGACUGUGGUCCUCCCGGCCACCCCUCAGUCAGUCCUGACCUGUGUUAGGUGGCUGCCCCCACCCAGGACGGGGUGCCCCAUGUGUCCACUCUCCUGACCUGACCUUGACCUCCUGCCUCCCAGGAAUGCUGACCCCGUGGCUUCCCGGGGCUUCUGCUCCCAGGAGGCACCUGCACCUGUUCUGGGUCACCUGUCCUUCCCUCCCCCUUUCUCUGCUUGGGUCACUUGGCUUUGACUCCUAACCUGUCAGCACCUCUUCAGGAAGCCCAAUAAACUCACUUCACCG